GUUUAGCAAGCAAAAGACGAAACAAUAAUUUUUGAUAAAAUUUUUUGUAAAUAUAAUAUUUUAAGUAAUUUUAAAAUGGUACGUUUCUACCUGAUAUUAUUUUUAUCAAUCAAGCUGUGCUUAUGUCAGCACGAGUCUCAUAUUGAGCAAGAUCAUAAAGCAUUUCUGGGAACCAGAAAGAAUGAAUUUGACGAGUUAUCCUUAGAAGAGGCCAAGCGAAGGCUGAGGUUGCUUGUCCCGCACAUUGAUUUAAAUAAAGAUGGUUUUAUAACCGCGAAGGAGUUAGAGAUCUGGGUACGAGAUAAAUACGAAUCAUUAUUGGAUACUGAUGAUGUUGAUGCGGUAUUUCGCGAGGCAGAUGUCAACUUUGACAAUGAAGUUACAUGGUCUGAAUAUCUCUGGCGACAUUUUGGAAUUCGGGAUAAUGCUUCUGAUGCAAUGACAUCGAGUAUGAAAGAACAAUUUGCGCCCUACAUCGUACGUGAUACCAGACGUUGGAAGUAUGCAGACCUGAACGCAGAUAAUACUUUAAAUGAGAACGAAUUUCACAUGUUCAUGAAACCAAAAGAAUUCUCCAAAAUGAUGUCUUUAGUUGCUCAGGAAGAACUAGAAGCAGCUGAUAUAGAUAAUGAUGGUUAUGUCUCUUUAGAAGAAUAUAAAGGCUAUUCUAUAGGCUCUCUUCACAUGCCGGAUAUGAAAAGAUGGGAUGAAAAGAAAUUUCAUGAAGAAUAUGAUCUGGAUAAAGAUGGUAAACUGAAUGUGAAAGAAGUCGAACUAUGGAAAACACCAGAAUUAUUCGACAGAGCAAAAUUAGAAGCUAAGCACUUAAUACAAAUGGCAGACGACGAUAACGAUGGCCGGUUAUCUUCAAAGGAAAUAGUUUUGCAUCAUUUCGUAUUUGUUGGCAGCAAAGCUACUCAAUCUGGUCAAAUCCUUCAUGAUGAAUUUUAAAGGAUUAUUUUAGUUGAAACCAUUUAAAAAUUAUUCAUCGUCCCGCGUUUCUA